AUGUCACUUAAUAACUUCUUUAAGUAAAAGUAGUAACUGCAAAAAGAAAAGGAGGAAAAAGAUAAAUAGUAAAUAAAAGAGUAAUCAGAUUAAAAACGAAAUAUAUAAUCUGUAUAAUUGAAGGCUCGUGCCUCAUAAAGGAUUGAGACAUUUUAAGAAACAAUGAUGUCUAAAUAAUAUGUAGAAAGUAUGAAAAAUGGAUCAUACCCAUUACUGCCUACAAGCAAGCAUUCAUUUCGAGAUAGAGAAAAAGACAAGGAGAUGGAAAAGAUGGGUGGAAUCUAUCUGAAAACAUUCCAAGUAGCAAAAAACAGAGCUCAAACCGCAUAACAAGAAUUUAGGUCUGCUCAUUUAGCAACAGGUGAGUUUGAUCCAAACCUUCCAACUAAAAAUCAUGAAAAGUGGUUGAAACCAAAAGAUUUAUCAAAGCAAAGUGAGCCAAUGAGAUUUGGUUUAAGUUAGAGAACUGAAGUUGAAAGAGUGAACCAAGAAUUAAAAAAGGUGAGUGAACAAUUAGAUGUCUAAUUUUCAAGAAUAAAGACUUGA